AUGCAUACAAUUGUAACAACUAAAUUAAUAUUUAAUGAUGAUCAAAAAGCGUCCAUGUACAUAAAAGAUACAACUCAUAAACGUCUAUCUCGUAUUGCUUAUCUUGCCAUGAUUCGUAAUCAUGCUUUGGAACCUAUCUUACACAAUAAAAUUCAUAUGUCUACGAAUGGAAGUCGACGCUUUUUAAAAGUUCUUUUUCUCAAUGACAUUGCAUUUUCUAGUCAAGAUGCAAUUCGUUUACUUCAAACAAAUCACGGUGAUUAUUCAGCUGCUUGUGCACUCGAUUUCAUCAAUCCUAUUAAAUUCUAUGAUACAUUUGCAACUCGUGAUACUGAUGGAUAUUCUAUGGGUUUGCCAUUAUAUCCAUUUUUUGCUCCUGGACAAAGUCAAUCACAAAUAAGACAAGGACAUGAUCUCGUUCAUGUCAAAAGUUGUUGGUCUGGUAUGGUGGCAUUCGAUAGUGCACCUUUCGAAAAUGGUUUAAAAUUUCGUUCUUUAAGUAAUGAAUCUACUUAUGACGCUUCAGAAUGUUGUCUUAUUCAUGCAGAUAUAAAUCAGCCAAAUAGGACUUUUAUCAAUACCAAAAUUCGUGUGGCUUACUCUAAUAUUGUCUAUGUAUGGCAAAAACGAUUAGCUUAUUUUGAAACUAUAUGGAUUCCUAUACAGAAAUUUAUCACAUACGUAGCUGGUCUACCACGAUACAAUAAAUAUAGAACAUCGGGUAAUGGUGGUUUCUGCUGGAUAUCAGGGAAGAAGCUGCUCAAAGAUUAUCACUAG